UAAAGAAAUUCUUUUUCAAGUAAAACUUUUACGACAAUCAUGAAAGUACUACUCGCUGUUUUCGCCAUCUUCGCUGUGCUGGCUUACGCGUCCGCUAACGCAGUUGGUACUUACGACGGGCCAAUUUACGAACUAAAACCUAUCGAAGAACCGGCAAAUGAUGUAGUUGACGAAGAUGCAACAAAUUCACCUGUUCGACAGGCACGUCUGACCUGCGAUGUUUUUUCCUGGCAAUCCAAGUGGCUUUCCAUCAAUCACAGUGCAUGUGCCAUGAAAUGCUUGUUCCAGGGUCGUCGGGGCGGUCGCUGUCGCGACGGCGUCUGCGUUUGCCGUUAAAUAUCAAUCCACGCACCUUCGCUCGAAUUCCGGGUAAUCCCGAAAUGAAUCUCGUAUCCCCCGAUGUUUAUUACUAUUUUACAACUCGUUCUCUGGACAUGUAGAUAUUAUUAAAACUAAAUAUUAAAACUUG